AUGCCCAGUAAGAAAGAUACCAAGAAGGACACAAAGAAGGGUGGAAAGCCUGAACCAGAGAAAAAGAAAGAGGAGGAAAAGAAAGGGAAGGAUGACAAAAAGGGAGGAAAAGAUGAUAAGAAAGCCACCAAGGACGAUAAGAAAGGUGGAAAGGAUGAUAAGAAAGGAGGAAAAGAUGACAAGAAAGGGGGGAAGAAGGGUAAAGAGGCGCCACCCAAGGGUAAGGAUGAUGGAAAGAAAGGAAAAGAUAAAGGGAAGGGUAAGAAGGUGGAGUCUGAGGAGGAAGAGGAUGAGCUCUUUAGUGAUGAGGAAGAGGAUGAAGAGUUUAGUGAAGAUGAAGAUGAUUAUGAAGAAGACUCAGAGGAUGACAGAAGAGGGAAGGGCAGAGGAGCCAAAGAUGCCAAGGGAAAGAAAGGGGGGAAAUCUCGACGUGGUGACUACUCGGAGGAUGAGGAGGAUGAAGACGAAGAUGAGGACGACGAGGAUGAUGACGAUUACAACAGAAAAAAGAAAUCUAAAGAUAGAGGUGGGAAAUCUGAUGCUGACGCGAAAAAGAAGAAAGGCAAAAAGAAAGAGGAAGCUCCGCAGCUUCCAAUUAAGGAACUCCCAAAGAAAGGUUUGAAGAACAUGUCCAAGAUGUUCAUGAAGUUUUCCGGUCUCAAGCGGCGCAAGAACAGCAGAAAGAAGCUGAAAAGUACGUCUCGUUUGUUCCUGGGGCUGGGCAGGAGAAAAACCCGACUUGCCAAGAAGAAACGCCGCAAGUCAAUGCUGAAGAAUACCUCUCGAUUCAUGAUGAGGUUCAAGGCCAGCAAAAAGAGGACUAAGGAGAAAGAGCAAGCAGCGGCAAAUGGUGGGAAGAAGCCAAGUUAUAUGCUGCUUCGUCUGGGCGGUAAUUCAAAUGAGAAGAAGGGGGGCUUCUUUAAAGGCUUAUUUAAAAAAAAGGAUGGUGACGGGCCGCCUGAUGAGUUCAAGAACAGAAGUCUCUUGCUGGGUAAAGUUGCAGCAGCAACUAACUGGCUGACCAAACGUUUCCUGUCAACUAAAAUGGGAGGAAACUCAGAACACCAUGGUUGGGAGGGAAGUAGAGCGCAAGGCCGACAAGCCAGAUCUAGACAUUAUGGUUACCAAAAUGAUGGUUAUGAACAUGGAGAGGAGGCUUAUGGAUACAACCAGGGACAUUCAGCUGGCCAGAAAGGUUAUGGGGAUUAUUACGAUAGUUAUGGUGGCUAUGGAGAUGAGGCAGCUGCAGCGUAUGGAGGCCAAGGUCAGUUUGGUUACUACGAUAAUGGGGCAGGGGGAGUAGAGUAUCAGGACCUGGGUUACUAUGAGGAAGAUGGCCUUUAUGAUCAAACUGCUGAAUAUUAUGAACAAGGUCUCUACAAUGAGGGCGUGGAGGACUACUAUAACCCUCAUCCCUUAGCCCACGGCCAUUACAGCCAGGAAGCUGAUCCCUAUGGUUACCAGCAACAACAGGCAAUGGCAAUGUAUGGUGAAGAGGGUGUGGACUAUUAUGUACCAAUGGUUGAGGAUCACAUGUAUGGAGGAGCAGUAGAUGGAUUCCUUGACCCUCAGACUCAGGGUUUUUAUGAUGAACAUGGUCAAGGAGUUUUCUACGAUGAUGGACAAGGGGGCUUUUAUGACAAUGGACAUGCAGGUUAUUAUGAGAACCCCUAUGCAGCAACUAUGGGGAUGCAAGGGGGAUUUCAACCGGACCACCAACUUAGCUAUGCUGAUACUGGCAUGCCCUAUCAGGAGUACAGCUCUCAACAGGCAAUGGGUUUCCCACCAGUAGGCCAGCAGGCCUUCGGAGGACAGGGGAUGAAUCAGGUGCAGGGCCUGUAUGGCGACCAGUAUGCAGACCAGUUGGCUCAAUAUGGGGAUGACAUCGGCGGAGUUCAGGGAGGGGAGAUUACAUUCAGAGUUCCUAGACCUCAAGUGCGCCUCUUUGGUAAAGAGCGUCUUGAAGUGCCCCUGCCCCCUCCACCUACCUUGCCACCUGAUCCAGAAUUUGAAGAUAUGUCAGAAAUCCAAUAUGAAGACCAGUUUUCUCUUGCUCCAGGUCAAACAGGUGAGAUGAUGUCAUUACGGCCACAAAUGGCAAUGUCACCACAGCAUCAAAUGAUGAUGUCUGCUCAAGAUCAAAUGAUGAUGAGCCCACAGAUAAUGUCCCAGCAGCAACCGAUGAUGAUCCAACGAGAACAGAGUAUGUCCCCCCAAAUGAGAUCACAGAUGAUGUCACCACAGCCACAGAUGAUGUCACCACAGCAGCAGAUGAUGCCACAACGAAUGAUGUCCCCACAGGAACAGAUGAUGUCACAGCAAAUGAUGUCCCAACAAGAACAGAUGAUGUCACAGCAGAUGAUGUCCCCACAAGAACAGAUGAUGCAAAUGAUGUCCCCACAAGAACAGAUGAUGUCACAGCCAAUGAUGUCCCCACAAGAACAGAUGAUGUCACAGCAAAUGAUGUCCCCCCAAGAACAGAUGAUGUCACAGCAAAUGAUGUCCCCACAAGAACAGAUGAUGCAAAUGAUGUCACCACAAGAACAGAUGAUGCAAAUGAUGUCACCACAAGAACAGAUGAUGUCACAGCAAAUGAUGCUGCCGCAGCAACAGAUGGCUCCUCAAAUGAUUUCCCCUCAGCAACAGAUGCUGACAGAUCCAAUGAUGAUGCCCCAACAACAGGGUUAUGGCCUUCCCUUAACCCCUACUCCAACUGCCAUGAUUAUUAAACAAGCAAAUAUGUCCCCUCGUCCUGCACGCCAUCUGCAACCCUCUCCGACUCCAUCCCGCCGCUCUGUCAUGAUGCCCUCCCCUCAGAUGCCACGCCAUCCCUCUGCAAUGCCUUCCCCUGUACCCUCUCCUAUGCUUUCACUUAGACGAAGCCCCUCUCCACAACCACCCAUGAGGAGUGGGUUCAUUGGUGUUCAAAGACCCCCCUCUGUUAUGUUGAGACAGAUCUCUCCUCCUAUAUCUCCCAUGGCGUCCCCACUUGCCCAGCGUAGAAUGCAGCCUCAGAGAUCAUCUUUUCCUCAAACCCAAGGACCCUCACCCCCCCAUUCUCCCCGUGCUUCCAUGAGGAGGCGAAGUCCUACAACCUCACCAAGAGCAUCAAUGAGGCAACGUUCUCCACCUUCCUCACCACGUGCUUCCAUGAGGAGGCGAAGUCCCCCAGCCUCACCCACUGCUGCCCGCAGUCCAUUUGGGCAGAGGAGGAUGCAUGGCCCACCCUCUGUUCCACUCUCACCUGGUCAUAUGUCUGCCCCUCUCUCUCCACAGCUCAGCCGGAGACCAUCUCCCUCUCCAUCCCAUCGCAGUUUAUCCCCUGCAGGGCGCUGUCCAGGCCCAUCAUCUCCCACCCUUUCUCGCCGCUCAACUCGGCUGCUCAGGGAUCCCACCCCCUUACCCAGGCUCAGGAUGGGGGGAAAUGUUCCUUUAGGUACUGUCAGACCCUCCCCUAUGGGUCUCAGAGGGCGUCCAGUGCCCCCACCCACCCAGAAUGUGCGUCCAUUCCAUGCCUCCUCUCUGAGGAGCAACAGGUCCUCUGUUCUCACAGUGGACUCCUCCCUCUACUCUUCCCCUUUCCACUCCCCUCACAUGGUCCACCGUGCUCCCCUGGGGAGGAGAGAAUCUGGCCGAUAUCCUUCUCGCCCUGUGGCUCGAGGACGUCCCCUCAUGCAGUCCAGGAGAAGGAUGCCUCAUGCUUCUCCUCAACCGUCUCUGAAACAAAUGCGCCAUCCUGCAUCCCCGCGCCUCUCUCCUCGUCUUUCUCGUCAGGCCUCUCCCCUCCUUCCCCCUAGAGCAGCCCAUCCACAUUUUUAUGCACCAGAAGCGCAUGUAUCUGAUCCCUAUGCUGAUCCUUAUGCUGAUCAGUAUGUGGCUCCCUCACCUUCUUCCCCAAUGCUCUCUGGAGCUCUGCAGAAUCGGGCAGUGAGAGAUUCAUCCUAUGUUUCUCCUUUACAAAGACCAAUGUCACAUUAUGAACAACCCAUGCCACCUUCCUCCCCAAUGCUUUCUGGAGCUCUGCAGAAUCGGGCAGUGACAGAUGCAUCCUAUGUGUCCACCCUUCAGAGGCCUCGGUCCCCAUAUGCUGCAUCUGUACCUUCAUCUCCUAUGCUCUCUGGAGCCAUGAGACAUGGUCAGGCACUAAGAGGUGUAUCAUCUUAUCAGACUCCACAGCUUCAUUCACCUUACGGGCCAACUGUGGUUACCCCAUAUGAUUAUAUCUCUGAACCUGGCCCAGCACCGUUGCUCCAUGAUGCCCUGCUGAACCGAGGUGACAUGCAGGGUGUGUCAUCUUUACGAUCACCAAUGAUGCAACGCCGAAAUCCUUAUGCCCCGGUGGGGCCUCACCUCCACAGCGCAUUACAGCAGAACCCUAACCUCCGCCAAGCGUCUUAUCAGACACAGCUCAGACGGUCCCCUUAUGGGCCCCAACCACCCUCUUCUCCAAUGCUCGGAAGUGCCCUGCAAAACCCGCAGAUGAUGAAGGCAUCGUACCAACUGCCAGACGGAACCUUGGUGUCACCAUAUGCAAAUUCACGUUCCUCCCCUAUGCUUGGCAAUGCCUUGCAAAACCAACAACUCCGCGGCGCCUCGUACACAUUGCCUGAUGGAUCAGUUAUCAGGGACCCACGUGUGCCCCAGAGGUCCAUGUCUCCGAACCUUUCCAGAGCUCUUCAGAACCAGGGUCUCAAGUCUGCUUCAUAUACUCUCCCUGAUGGCACCAUUAUAGAUCCCAGACAGCAACAAACUAUCUCCCCAAACCUGGCUAAGGCCCUGACCAACCCAGCUCUGCGUGAAGCCUCUUACACUCUUCCUGAUGGCACCAUCGUGAUUGACUCCAGGAAACCGAAGUCCCCGAACCUGGCCGCCGCACUUCAGAACCCUUACCUGAAAAGCUCGUCGUACACGCUGCCAGAUGGCACGAUCAUCAUUGAUCCACGGAAACCUGUCUCUCCAAACCUGUCCGGUGCUCUUCAAAGCUCUAUGCUGCGAGACGCACGCUUCAAAUUACCAGAAGGAAUGCAUGACCCCAAUAUUCCCGUAUCACCACACCUGGCCAAGGCCCUCAACAACCCUGCCUUGAAAGGAGCUUCAUACACGCUCCCUGAUGGAACUAUCAUAGUGGACCCGAGGAAACCAAAGAGCCCCAAUCUGACGGCCGCCCUGCUGAACCCCUAUUUAAAGGGUUUGUCAUAUACCCUGCCUGACGGAACCAUCAUUAUUGACCCACGGAAGCCAGUUACCCCUGACCUGUCUAAGGCUCUUUUGAAUGACAACCUUCGAAACGCAUCAUACCACCUCCGUGAUGGUUCCCUGGUUAUCCCCGGCCAGAAGCCCAACCUUUCCGGUGCCCUGAGGCAAAACAAGGCACUUCGAUCCACAGGUCUCUAUCACCUGUCAGAAAACUCUGCACUGUCAGGCGUGCCCAAACCCACCCCUCCCAAUCUCACCUCAGUAAUGAAUAAUGGGGAACUUCAUGGUGCCAGAUACAGGCUGCCGGAUAGAUCUCUUCUCACGCGUCGGUUCCACAACCCAAGUCUGACCGAUGCCAUCCAAAACCAGGAUCUUCGCUACGCCUCCUACAGGGUGCCAACGGCCCUGCAGGGGGAGGAUAACCGCUACGCUGUGAUUCCUCCCUAUGGGCCACACUCAGGCCACUGGGCCAGGAAUGCCCAAGGAGGAGGAGGGGGGGAGGGAGGGGAGGACGUUUGGGCAGCUGAGAGGGUUUUACCACACGGGACCGUCCAGAAUCUGACAAAGUGGGCCAUGUACAGAGAAGACGGAGUGCUGGAAGGAUAUCUACCCACAUCUCGAGUCUUUGACGGACAACAUGAUCCAGACUGGACUCCUGACAGAGACAGAGCACCUGGUCAGAACUGGUAUGACAAGAUCUUCUCCAUCCUGAGCUUGCCCACGACAGGCCACAGGGUAAAGAACUGGGCGGAGGGAAUGGAGGACAUGACACAGCUGCCUGAGCUGAAUGACACCACUGUUCUGAUGAACCUGAAGAAGCGCUACGACCAGGAACACGUCUAUACGUACAUAGGCAGCAUCCUCGUGUCUGUGAAUCCCUACAAGUUGCUGAACGUUUACGGCACAGACAUGGUGCUUCAGUAUGAAGGCCGGGGCCUGGGCGACAACCCUCCUCAUCUUUUUGCCAUUGCUAACCUCUCGUAUACCACCAUGAUGGAUGCCAAAAAGGACCAGUGUAUUGUGAUCAGCGGAGAAAGCGGGUCAGGAAAGACGGAAGCUACGAAACUAAUCCUACGUUACUUGACAGCCAUACAUCACAAACGCAACAUCACACAACAGAUAGAGAUCCUGGAGGCCAUGCCCCUGUUGGAAUCUUUCGGGAAUGCCAAAACGGUGCGCAAUGACAACUCUUCACGCUUUGGCAAAUACACGCAGAUCUACAUGGAGGAGGGUGUAAUCAGCGGUGCCAUAACGUCUCAGUACCUGUUGGAGAAGUCUCGCAUUGUCUUUCAGGCCAAAUCAGAGAGGAACUACCACAUCUUCUACGAGAUGUUAGCUGGUCUUCCUCCCCACGAGAAGACCCCACUGUAUCUGCAGGAACCUGAGACUUACUACUAUCUGAAUCAGGGAGGGGAUUGUACCAUAGAGGGGAAGGAUGACGGAGAGGACUUCAGGCGUCUGCUGAGUGCCAUGGACAUUCUGCGUUUCACCCCAGAGGAGCAGAACGGCAUCUACAGACUGCUGUCCUCUGUUCUUCAUCUGGGGAACGUUUACUUCCAGCCCCACCAGGCUGAGGGUCAGAAGGUUGCGUCGGUGGUGAGUGGGCAGGAGAUCCGGGUUGUCGCUGAGCUGCUGCAGAUCUCACCCGACGGCCUGCAGAAAUCUGUCACCUUCAAACUGACAGAUACAGUGCGAGAGAAGAUCUACACUCCGCUCACUGUGGAGAGCGCUGUGGACGCCAGAGAUGCUGUUGCCAAGAUCCUGUACUCGCUACUGUUCAGCUGGCUGACGGAGCGCAUCAACGGACGGGUCUACCCUCGCAACGAAGCCCUCUCCAUCUCCAUACUGGACAUUUAUGGAUUUGAGGAGCUACAGGUGAACAGUUUUGAGCAGUUGUGUAUCAACUACGCCAAUGAAACUUUGCAGUUCUAUUUCAACAAGGUCAUCUUCCAGGAGGAGCAGGAGGAGUACAUGCGGGAGCAGAUCGAGUGGCAGCAGAAGCCUUUCAGCCACAACCAGGCCUGUCUUGACCUCAUCGCUGCUAAGCCUCAUGGGAUACUGCGCAUACUGGACGACCAGUGUGGUUUCCCUCAGGCAACGGACCACACCUUCCUUCAGAAGUGCCACUAUCACCAUGGAAACAACCCGCUGUAUUCCAGGCCAAAGAUGCCGCUGCCGGAGUUCACCCUGAGGCACUACGCCGGGAGGGUCACCUACCAGGUGACUAAAUUCUUGGAUAAGAACUUCGACAUGGUCCGUCAGGAUGUGUUGGACCUCUUCACCCAGAGCAGGAACAAAAUGGUCUCCAGCCUCUUCCUGAAGCACUCGGAGUCGGUGUCUCAGCAGCUGUCCAAUGUGCGACGCAGCAGCGCGGCCCGACGCCACCAGGCCAACACGGUCAGUGCGAAGUUUCAGAGCAGCCUGCAGGAGCUGCUGGAGAAGAUGGAAAGGUGUAACCCUUAUUUUGUGCGAUGCAUCAAGCCAAACCACCAUAAGGAGCCGGGAGCAUUCGACAUGGAGCUGGUCAACGCUCAGCUGCAUUACUCUGGCAUCAUGGAGACCAUCCUUAUCAGGAAGGACGGUUAUCCAAUCAGAUUGAACUUUCGCAGUUUCUUAUCGAGGUAUAAAGGCCUCCUCUGCCUCAGGGAUCUUCCGCCUGCAGACGGUGAAAACUGUGUCAUCAUGCUCCACAAGCUCGGCCCGGUGAAGAGCGGCUCGUACCAGCUGGGAGUCAGCAAGAUUUUCCUGAAAGAGGAGUUGUAUCAGCUGCUGGAGGGGAAGCGUGACCGUGUGCUGCACCUCGCUGCCAUGACGCUGCAGAGAUACACACGCAUGUGCUUCGUCCGAAAGAACUUCAUCAAGUUCCGGCGCCGCGUGACUCUGUUUGAAGCUCGCUGCAAAGGCUACGUGGCGAGAAAAAAGUUUGCUCUGAGGAGGAGGUACCUCAGAAGGUUCCGCUCGGCCGUGCUGCUUAUCGUCAGCCGCCAGCGUUACAUGAGGGUAUGUGCACUGUGUUUGUGUUUGUUAAUAAAAACAAGUGUGAUGCUGUUUUCUUUCUGUCAGACAGUGGUGGAGCCGGCAAGGAGGGCAGAGGAGGAUCGAGUCAAUAGAGAAGUGGUGAAUGUGACAACACUGCCUAUCCCUGCUGAGCUGGCAGCCCUGCUGCAGGUCGCCUCAGGUGGUGAAGAGCUGCACUCUGACUGCUUGGCCGUGGUCCAGGCUCCAAAGGUUCAGGUUGACCCUCAGCUCACCCUGCCCCUGGACAUCAACAACUACCUCAUGACACACUACAUCCGGGCCAUAUUUAGGGAGCCGUUGUUCGGGUCGCUGACAGCUCCUCUGGAUUGUUCUCUGAUUAGACAGGAUGAGGAGCUGAGACAAGGAUCCCUGAACAUUUUCAUUCUGAUACUUCGGUUCAUGGGUGAUCCGGACCUGAAUGGGGCUCAGGAGAAUCUGUUUGGGAACUACAUCAUCCAGAGAGGACUGGCCAAUCCCAGCCUCCGAGAUGAGAUCCUGGUUCAAGUAGCCAAUCAGGUGUGGAGGAAUCCGAACAUCUUGAAUUCAGAGCGCGGCUGGCUCCUCCUCUCCUCUUGUCUCUCUGCCUUCCUGCCCUCUCAAAGACUGGCCAAGUAUCUGCUGAAGUUUGUGUCAGACUACGGUCCAGAGGGCUACGACUGCGUGUGUCAGCACCGGCUGCUUCAGGCUCUGCAGCGGCUGAGCAUCGGGCCCGAGUACGUCCGGACGUACCCGCCCUGUCUGCUGGAGUGGACGGCCAAUCGCAAGAGGGCUCACACCGUCCUGCACAUCCACUGCUUUGAUGGUGUGUCCUUCCUGUGUCCUCUGCACUCCUGGACAACAGGAGAAGAAAUGGCCAAAGACAUCUUACAACACAGGGGGGUAGUGGAGGGCCGUCGAGGCUGGUCGGUGCUGUUGAAGGAGCCGGCCCAGUGGGUGGAGCUGGAGGGGUCUGACUACGUCCUGGACUUGAUGUCGGACCUGGAGCUUCCUUCCGACUUCCCCAAACACAGCAGCUACUUCAUCAUCUCUGCACAGGAACCGACCAGAGUGCGGACCAAUGCUAGCAUAAGCCUGUUGGGCGGUGGCUUCGACAGAAAGGAUGAUUUCAUAUCUUCACCCAUACCCGGCUCUGAUGGUAGGUCUUCACAUUCAAGCAAACAUAACUCGGAGCCCCAGAGAGGGAUGGAUCGUUAUCUCGACAGCCUGUUUGACCCUGUGCUGUCUGAUGGAACUGGGGAAGUCGAGUCGGCUGCUGGACUCUCCAGCAGGAUGAAGGGGGCCGGGGGAGUUGGAGGGGGGUGGCAACAGCAGGGGCCGUCCACGGGGCCCCCGCCUCCACCUGGAGCUGUGAGAGUCCUUCCUGUGGGAGGUGUGAUGUCGCCUCGCGUUGCAGCCGUGGCACCUGUGGCACCUGUGACACCUGUGACACCUGAUGCCCAGCAGGCUGCUUUGGCCCGGCAGCAGCAGGCAAUCGUGAACCAGCAGGCCAUCAUCCUGGCUCAGCAGAUGACCAUGCAGGCCAUGGCCCUGGUCAGCCCAGUGUCCAGCCCUCCCAUGUCCCCGAUCACGAGCCCUCCCUCGAGUCCUCUGCCUCAUCACCCUACCAGCCCAUACGCCCCGAGCCCCUACGCUGUGAUGCCUCCAAGUCCGUACGCUAACAUCCCACCCAGCCCUUACGCCAACUUCACUCCCACUCCCUACGCUGCCACACAUAUCCCGCCAAGCCCCUACCCUCUCCCAGCUCAAUGGGAACAAGCUCCCUCACAGCCUCGAGCUCAGCCCCCCGCCGAGCCCCAGACGCAGCCCGGACCCAGAGCUAACCCGGCCGCACAGGCACAGUCAGGUAAGGACAGUGCUUCUCGCAGGAAAGCUCCAGGCAUCCCCAUAAAUAAGGACCAACCGGCCAGGAAGUUUGCCCCAGUGGUGACGAAUCCUCCGCCCCCUGCUGGAGAGGUGGUGAAGUACUCAGCUGGGACCAGAGAUCAGGUAGUCCCCAGCCAAGGCAUCCAAGAUAUCAUCAAAAGAUACAACUCACCGCCUCCACCGACAGAUCAGCUGGCCCCAGGCAAGAGGAGACCGGAGGGGAAGUUCAAGAAGAGGCAGACCGCUCACGAUGAAGCUUUACAGAUUCUCAAACCCCAGAUGGAACACCCUCCUGCUCCCAUGCCCAAACGCACAGCUGCCCCCCCACCCUCCACACCUGCAGUCAAAGAGGUGGGAUUGAAGCCCAGCAAGAGUAUGAAGACAAGAGCACCUGGGCGACCUCUCCCGAAACAUCCUCCAGUUUCUCGAGAGCUCCCAGUCGAGACAGAAAGCAUCCAGACACAACUUCAUCAGAGCGCCAACGAAGAGCACUACACCUACACCAACGUCCCCUGGAGACUGUACCUCAGGAAGGAGGUUUUCUAUCCCAAAGACAGCUUCAACAACCCAGUGGUGCUCGACCUCAUUUUCAAACAGAUCGUGAAUGACACUCUGUCAGAGGCGUGCGUUCGCAUCACUCGUGAUGAAAGGCAGAGAAUGAAAGCUCUGUUCGCUAAACACGGGGUGGAGCAGAAUAUGGAUCCGGUGGAGGAGCACGUGAAGAAGACAGUCGUGACGGCAGCGAGGGAAACCUGGGAAAUCUACUUCUCCCGACUCUUCCCUGCCUCGGGUAGUGUAGGAACAGGUGUGCAGGUGUUAUCAGUGUCACACAGCGGAAUUAAGCUGUUGAAGACCGUAAGAAGCAGCGCUGCAGCCCCAGACUACUUCAGAGUCCUGCGACCAUACACCUAUGCAGACAUCUUGUUUGUAACCAUCCCGUCAGAGAACAUGUUGGAGUUCAACCUGACCAAUGAGAAGCUGAUCCUGUUCUCAGCCAAGGCCCUGCAAGUCAAACACCUCAUAGACACCUUCAUCUGUGAGAUCAAACGGGACUCAGACUACGUGAUCGCUGAACGGAACUUUGUGACGGACGACCGCUCGAUGCUCAGUUUCCACAAAGGAGACGUCAUCAGGCUGCAGGUCAUGGACGGGCUGGAGAAAGGUUAUAGCUACGGCUGUGUGGUGAGGAAGAAGGUGGUGUUUUUGGAGGAGCUGAAGAGAGACACUCAAGACUUUGGCUGGAAGUUUGGCGCCGUGUUCGGCCGCUCAGGUGCGUUUCCGGCCGAGUGCGUCCAUCCCGUUGCUGCUCCGGACUUCCUGUCACUGCCACUGGACCGGAAGGCCGAGCCUCGCGGAGGAGCCGGACAGUUUGCUGUGUCGUCAGCCGUUGCUGUUGCUGUGGCAUCCACCAUGGCUGCACACGAGAUAGAUCAGACCAUUGAGAAAGUUUCCCUGGAUGGAUUCCCUGAUGGAGAUCUGGAUGAGAGGAGCCUGCAGGACAGUAAAUAUGACAUCUUGGAGUUUGCCAGGAAAUACUUCAGACGGGGACCCAGCGGGAAAGGAGAUUCCCUGAAAGGCAAAGGCAAGAACAGAGACUCCAGGGAGCCCAGUGAAAUGAUCAAGUUCUCUAAGACUCCGCUGACCGAGUCGCUGAUAGAGUUCAUGGAUGUACACAUGAACAGAGUGGCCGCUGAUCUCUUCAUAUUGGCCAUGCGUUUCAUGGGUGAUUCGCCAUCAAGGGGACUGACGGAGCACGAGGCGGUCAGCACGUUCCUCAAGCUCAUAGGAGAGUUCACCUUGAUGCGGGAUGAGGCUUACUGCCAGCUCCUCAAACAGCUUAAUGGCAACACCAGCUCCAAACCUGAUAGUUGCCAGCGAGGCUGGAGGCUGCUGUACAUCCUGACUGCUUUCCAUCGCUGCUCUGAAGUCCUCAAGCCGUUCCUCCUGAAGUACCUGCAGCAGGCCUCUCGCAGCGCUGGGGCUCAGUAUCAGGGUAUAGCUAAAGCAUGCGAGCAGAACCUGAAGAAGACUUUCCAAUAUGGCGGCCGCAUUGUUUCGCCCAACAGCAUGGAGCUGAAAGCUAUGAUGGCAGGUCGAAGUUCAAAGCGCCAGCUCGUUCUGUUUCCUGGAGGAAUCGAACGCCAUGUGAAAAUCAAAACCUGCUCUGUUGCCCUGGAGGUGAUUGAGGAGCUGUGCUAUGAGAUGGGUUUACACAGGCUGGAGGCCAUGGAGGAAUAUGCCAUAUUUUUAGUCACCAACAGAGGUCAGAAUGUGCGUCCUCUGAACAAACACGAGUACAUCCUGGAUGUCGCGACCGAGGCCGAGGUGGUCGACUCCAGCUACAGCUUUUGGUUCAGACGAGUCGUCUGGACUCAACCGCUCAAGUUUGAGAACGAGCUGUGUGUGGCGAUGCAUUAUAACCAGAUCCUGCCGGACUACCGUAAAGGCCUGCUUAAUGUGCUCCCAGACGGGAAAGUGAGCGAUCAACAGCUCCACCAGAUCUCCAAACUGGCAGCUUUGCAGCACAGAGCCAAAGACAUCGUCUUCGUCCCCAGCAUACAUGAGUUAUCCGAGUACAUCGCCGCGCCUCUGUUCAAGAAGCAGCCGCCCCAGCAGUGGAGUACCAUGGUGACGCAGCACAUGCAACAAGUGCAGGCCCUGAAUCCGCACCAGGCCCGAGCGCAGUUCAUGGGCCUGAUCAGUGCGUUCCCCAUGUUCGGCUCCUCGUUCUUCUACAUCCACAGCAGCAGCUCCACUACCUACUACGCCCCCUGCAUUGUCGCUGUCAAUCAACAUGGGCUGCACUUCCUGCACAAAAAUACCCAUGAGCUGAUGGUAGUGGUCCCCCUGGUGGACGUGCAGUCCAGCCGCACCCAGAGGCCCACUGCUGGAACCAGUUACCCGUAUGUCGACCUCACCCUGGGGGACAUGAACACACAACGGGUCAUUCAGAUGCAGCUGGAGCAGGGCCUGGAGCUGUGUCGAGUCAUCGCCAUGCAGGUGGAAAACAUGAUGUUAGUGCGGGAGAAGAGGCUCACCCUACCACCCAGCGAAAUCACCAUGUUAUAACACUGGGCUGAACUGUGCACACACACUUAAAAGCACACUUACACACACAAACACAAACAAACAUGGAAAUGAAACCUGCAAAAAUAAUCUACCUCUUGACUUCAGGUGUUUGUUUUAUAGCUUACUCAAUCGCUAAAGUCAAUGCGUAAGUGUUUUGGUUUAAUGUAUUAUAUUUACUGCACAAAAUUCAGCCUAGAAACCCUGAAUAUGAAUAUUAUUUAAUGUUUCUUUUCAAAGUUACAACUUGGUAAUUGUUUUUCCUACUGUGGUUUUCAUUUAUUUCACAUUAAAUAGGUUUUUAUCUGUAUCUUUAUUACAGUGUUUUAUAACUGAUGUUUUUUUAAAUUUUGUAUUACUUUUGACUAUAAAACUAAAUGUUGGUGUAAAUCAUUGUUGAGUCCAAACAAUGUUCAUAUCAACCUGUUUAUUUUGUAAAAAGUUUUUAAAGAGAUAUAUGUGCACUUCUGUGCUUAUUUAUUAAAAUGGUG